AAGUAAACGCCUGACAACAUCCUACAAUGCGGAGCUCAAAAUCUGGUCAGGAGCCAGUGAACCAAGUUCCUAGAGCAAUGAUCUAACAAUUGUUGAGAUAAUACUUGAACAAUUGCAAAAGGAUCCCGACAGAAUCUGUCAAAUAUCUCAUAGCGAGAAAACGACUCUGACUCGCUCCCAAUUAUUGCAAAAUGCGUCAAAAGUAGGUGCAAGCUAUCAGUAAUACCAGCGCAGUCCUUGUCUAUUGGCCAUUUAACUGCAGAUAGUAGCGGUUAUUUCUCAGUAGAGCACAAUCGAAAGUAGAUUUCUCAAUUUCUUUUCUAUGAUAUGAUAUCAACUCGAGCAAUAAAAUCUGUAUUUAAGAACUAAUCUAAGUUGUUAUAUAACUUUAAAUGAUACCAUAUCAGAUUGAUAAGAAAGAGUACAUAGAUACCACAAAAAAUAAUUCGGUGCUACUAAUCAAAAGAGAUUUCAGUUACGAAAUAAUGUUAGACCUAACUAGACGGCUGACAACCAGCUACAAUUCAGAGCUAAAAAUCUGGUCAGGAGCCAGUGAACCAAGUUCCUACAGCAAUGAUCUAACAAUUGGUGAGAUUAUAUUUGAACAAUUGCAAAAGGAUCCCGAAAGAGUCUGUCAAAUUUCUCAUAGCGAGAAAACUUCUCUUACUCGCUCUCAAUUAUUAGAAAAUGCGUCUAAAAUAGGUGCAUAUUUGCGUCAAGAAGGAUUCAUCAAAGAAACCGAUAUUGUGACCAUACUCGCGAGGAAUACAACUCAUGUUGCUUCGUUGGCUUAUGGCUGUAUGUUCAAUGGAACUCCAUUUCAUACAAUUCAUCCUGACACGAUUGACAACACAAUUUACCAUUUGCUAAAUAUAACAAAGCCCCGAAUCAUUUUUUGUGGUGCCGAAAGCUACAAUAAAUUGAAAUAUGUGGCUGAUAAGAUGAAUAUUGAAAAUAAGCAAUUGGCAAUGAAGAUUGUAAUCAUCGACGGAAUUAUGGAAGGUGUUACAAACAUCCUUGAUAUAUUUCAAAUACAAUUGCAAUCGAAUUACAAACCCGAAAGCUUUAAAAAUGGCAUAGAUCGAACAUUGGCUAUACUCUGUUCCUCUGGUACAACUGGCACCCCAAAGGCAGUUACCAUUUCAAAUAGCCGAAAGAUAUUUGAAUUUUACAGAUAUCUCGGUGAAAGUGAUAUUCAAUAUUCGCCAAGUUCACUAGACUGGGUAACUGGUUUAUUGGUGUUGAUUACGACAGGAGUGUAUAGAACAUUACGAAUUAUUUCCAAAGAAGCUUUUAGUGUCACUUCUUUUUUGGCAUUAUGUGAGGAAUAUAAAAUCACUUGGACUUUGGUGUCUACCCCUUAUAUUUCAAAGCUAAUAAGUGGCCCUGAGAUUAAUGCCAAGCAAUUACGUACUAUACGGUAUAUCUUGUUCGGGGGAGAUCGAUCAUUAUCUGAGACAUUGGAAAAGAUGCAAUCAUAUCUGCAAUUUGAGGGAAUUCUUCAUCAAGUCUAUGGGCUGACAGAGAUGGGUUGCGGAGCCACCUGUAAUUUAGGACCUAAAUCAAAAUUGACAUCGGCGGGUCUAAUCCAACCUAAUAUUCGUAUGCGUAUUGUAAGCGAAAGUGGUGAAGUUUUGGGACCCAACGAACAAGGAGAGCUCCACUGUCAUCUUGGACAACAUUGGGGAGGAUACUAUGACAAUAUUCCAGAAACGAGAGAGAUUCAGGACUCCGAAGGAUGGAUUCACACGGGAUUUUCUUAGGUUUUCAAUGAAAAUGUAUUAUCCACUUGAGAUCGAGGAAGUCAUAGCUCGAAUGCCGGAAGUGGCUGAAGUUUGUGUCUUUGGCAUUUGGAAUGAGAUCGACGGCGAUGCAGCAGCUGCUUCGGUGGUAGCUAAAGCAGGUUGUCAAUUAACAGCCAACCAAGUUUUGGAGUUUGUUGCGGAAAACAUCAGCGAGAACUAUAAGCAGCUGCAUGCAGGAGUUCAGAUUGUCCCAAAUUUGGCUAAGAAUCCUAACGGAAAGGUAAAACGGCAGGCCGUAAAAGAGGAAUUUCUCAAAGCAACAGGACAAAUCUGAGUGA